AUGAUCCCAACACGAGACAUUGGCACCCGCUACAACGGCCUGGCCACAGUGCCCAAGUUCGCGAUGCACGUGCCGCCGGCGGAUGAGCCCAAGGAAGAUGUUCGCAAACUGUUGAAUGAGGUGAAGCACCUCUACUUCGACCGGCGCUACAGGCAAUGCGCCUCCAAAUGCCUUGAACUUUUGGAAAAGCACUGCCAGGACCAUCACCCUCUGGUCCGCACUUUCCUUUACUUCUACGCCGCGUUGUCGUAUGACACGCUCGCGCGAUCCAUGCAUAACCAUUCAGUGGCGCGCAUUCCUUCUCUGCAGCAGUCCGAGGACUUUUACAACAAGGCGCUUGCGACGUUGCCAGAGCCUCUUCCGCUUCAGCAAGACGAGAAUCGUCCGCAGUCGCCGCCGAAGCUGUCCCUCAGCCUGCCAGCCCAGGAUGAUCAGCCAGCGGGCAGGCCGCCCAUACCCAGCAUGUGGGAUCUCACCUCGACCUUUGACGCAUUCGACCUUUCUUCCCUGGCUUCGAGGCGUCAUUCCUUCAACAGCUCCAAGCACUCCCGGACGGAUUCACUCGUGACCGACGUCUCCUGGGCCGCGGAUCUGGGCUCUGACCCCUUCGUGGACGACCAGCAUGACCACAAGCCGGAGAAUAACUACCUCUCCGUCGAGCCGCCGAGCGUCAAGCGGCCUUCGCCGCUCCAACUCCGCAAGGCCAGGUCCAGCGACUCUCUGCUCUCCCAAAGCAGCACCCAUACGGACUCGCCAGCGCAGACGCCCAGCCGCAACAGCAACAACCACGACAACGGCCUCGAUGCCAACUAUCAAUUCCCGCCGCCCCCGCAGACGCCCCCUCCGCAGACGCACGGCUUCGUGGACCUUGUCGAAGGCACGCCCAUCCAAUGGGCCACGCCCUCGCAGCACCAAGACGAUUAUGACGACCCGACCACUCCCACGCCCGCACGUGUCACCCGCGCACCCAUUGAGCGCACCCACCCCUGCCCGCGCCUGCUCUUCCCGCGCGACCUCUCCAGCAGCAGCCUGCUGCCGCUUCCGCUCAACACCCGCAUCCAGCACUUCAACGGCGACCUCUCCUCCUUCCGCGCCCAGCUCGUCUCGCACCUGCUCUCCAUCCAAUCGCUCAAAGGCAGCGCCCUGAGCUCCAAUGGCAGCAGCCCUGCCUCCAGCCGCUCCGUGUCGUCCUCGUCCACGGCGACGACGUCCUCUGCGUGGUCCGAAGCCACCGCCACGAACUCGGGCGGCGCGGCCGAGGAGAACAAGCGGCGCAGCUCCGUCAUGAUGUCCGCACAGCCGUCCGAGCCCGCGGCGGACGGUGCUGCCGCUACCACCAAUGGACGCGGUAUGACGCACGAUGAGAAGGCUGACCGCAUCCGCGAGGGCAGGAAGAGGAUGUGGGCGCGGGAGCGGUUCGAUCCCAGCGGCUGCCGCGAGCUGGCCAGGCUGGCCUUGCAGGAGUGCGAGGCGUAG